GCGUCCUUGAAGGCAGAGAUGGAUGUUAGCUUGAAAGACAGUGACAGCAAGCUGAAAGAAGCUCUAGCUGCGUUGCAGCUCUUGGAGGCGUCUGUUAAAGAUAAAGAGGGCCAGCUCAAAGAAAGGGACGGCGAGCUCAUGGAAGCUUUAGCUGCGCUGGAGAUGAUGGAGGCGUCCACUGGGAAAAAGGACAGUGAGCUUAUGGAAGCUCAAGCUGCGCUGCAGAUGCUAAAGGCCUCCGUAAGCGACAAGGAGGCCCAGCUGAUGGAGAAGGAGGAGGCGUUCCUCCGGAACAAAGGUGAUUUGAAACGUGAGCUGGAGGAAGCGGAG